UCCAGUUUGCUCAAAGGUUCUGGAGGUUCGGAGAAAAUCCUUUGGACGUGUUUAGGUUUGGAUUCACGCGGAAGCAGAAAGUGAAGCUCGUGCCUGUCGUUGUUCCGGUGCGGUUGGUGAAGCGCGGGAACUUUAAGUUUUCUACUGUUAAAAUAAAUAAAUACAACUUUAAUGACAGCCCCCCUCCCCCCCAAUCCGGCCACGAGCCCCUCCUCUAUUUGCGGUUGCGGACUGCCUUGUGCCUGCGAGUUUCGGUUUCCCGUCUCCAUAGCAACCAGGCAACAGACACGCGCAGAGGCUUCCGCCGCUCCGAACGCUCGUCCGUGGAGGAACAUCUGCUUCACCUACAAAGACCAGACAUUCGUCCAGGCCUGACUGCAGUCAGAGCGGAAGGAGGCUGUGGAGGUGGGGGGCAGGGGGGUGUGCUGCCACAGGAAGCUCUCAACAUCGGUGCCCCCCCCCCCCCCGAGGGACGGCAUGGCAUCCGCGCGGCGCCCGGGUGGAGGCUCUGUGGACAUCGCCAACGUGAUGCUGAAGCUGCAGAAUGAGCAGGAGGCCGUGCAGAAGAGAACUUUCACCAAAUGGAUCAACUCCCAUCUGGAAAAGCACAAACUGCGUCUGGAGAUGAACGACCUCUUUGAGGACAUCAAGGAUGGCGUGAAGCUGCUGGCUCUGCUGGAGGUUCUGUCUGGACAAAGACUACCCUGUGAACAAGGACGGCACCUGAAGAGGAUCCACUGGGUCUCCAACAUCAGCACGGCUCUGAAGUUCCUGGAAGGUAGAAAGAUCAAACUUGUAAACAUUCACGCCACCGACGUCGCAGAUGGACGGCCAUCCAUCGUCCUUGGUUUGAUCUGGACCAUCAUCCUCUACUUCCAGAUCGAGGAGUUAACCAGCAACCUGCCAGCCCUGCAGGCCUUCUCCAACAGCAGCUCUUCUGUGGACAGCCUCACCAGCUCUGAAACAGGAAGUCCUCCCGUGAAGAGGAAGGUCCUUCACAAAUUCCAGGGAAACGCCAAGAAGGUCCUGCUCCGAUGGGUGCAGUGCACGGCCGCCAAGCAUCAUGGAAUCGAAGUGAAAGACUUUGGUCCCAGCUGGCGUGACGGGGUCGCCUUUCAGUCCAUGGUGCACGCCAUCAGGCCAGACCUGGUAGACAUGGAGGAGGUGCGGCGGAGGAGCAACAGGGAGAACUUAGAGGAGGCCUUCUCAUUGGCAGAGAAUGAGCUGGGAAUUCCUCGACUGCUGGAUCCUGAAGACGUGGACGUCGACAAACCGGACGAGAAGUCCAUCAUGACCUACGUGGCUCAGUUCCUGAAGCAUUACCCAAAUCCUGGGCCGGCCGCUGGACAGCAGGAGUACGGUCCUCAGGAUAUAGAGCUGAUGCUGGAGAGAGAAGAGAGGAAGAUGUUGAGGGAGCUGAAGGUCUUCUUGGACCAGCUGGAGAAAGACGUGCUGAGGGCCCAGGGAUCCGACGGAAACCUGUCAGACAAAUACCAGGUCUUCAAACACUUCCACGUCCAGUUUGAGAUGAAGAAGAAGCAGGCGGAGCCGCUGCUGCAGCCCGUCCACCCGGAUGGAAAACUGUCUGUGGACCAAGCUCUGGUCAAACAAGCCUGGGACCACGUGUCCGCCAGGCUGCUGGACUGGCACAUCCAUCUGGACAAGUCUCUGCCGGGCCCCCUGGGGUCCAUCGGAGCCUGGCUCCACAGAGCAGAGAUGGCUCUGAGAGAGGACUUCCCCCUCCACCACGCUCCUGAGGAGACGGCCAACGUUCUUCACAGGAAGCUGCAGCAGCACCAGGAUGUGCUGAAGAACCUGGAGGUGCACAGACGGACCUUCCAGCAGAUCCACAAGGACAGGUCCGUCCACGGGGUGCCGGUUCCUCCGGAGCAGCUCCAAGACAUGGCAGAGCGGUUCAACUUUGUGUCGGCCCAUUCACAUUCUCACCUGAUACAACUGGAAUUCUGGGAAAUGAAGUACAGGCUGACGGCGUUCCUGCUGCUGGCUGAGUCCAAGCUGAAGUCCUGGAUCAUAAAGUACGGCCGGCGGGACUCGGUAGAGCUCCUGCUGCGCAGCUACCUGACCUUCACUGAAGGCCAGAGGUUCUUUGAGCAGUACGAGGUUCUCUUCACGGCUCUGCAGCGGGCGGCAGAGGUCUACGUGAAGUCUGACAGCGCAGCAGAUGAAGCUGAGGGAGUCAGCAAGUUCCUGGCAGACGCCACGGUCCAGUGGAAGAACCUGGCGUUGGAGGUGCGGAGCGUCCGCAGCAUGCUGGAGGAGGUGAUCUGUAACUGGGAGAAGUACGGCAGCACGGUGGCGGCGCUGCAGGCCUGGCUGGAGGACGCCGAGCAGGUUCUCGGCCAGUCUGAGAACAUCAAACGGGACUUCUUCAGGAACCUCUCCCACUGGAUCCAGCAGCACAUGGACAUGAACGACGCCGGGAACUUCCUCAUCGAGACGUGUGAUGAGACGGUGUCCAGAGACCUGAAGCAGCAGCUGCUGCUGCUGAACGGCAGAUGGAGGGAGCUCUUCAUCAAAGUCAAACAUUACGGCCGAGCAGAUGAGGUGGACAAACUCCGGCAGGACUACCAGGACGCCAUGAACACCCUGAAGCUGUUCCUGGACGCCACCGACGUGAAGAUGACCGCUCCGGUUCAGGUGUCCUUCCUGAACGUGCGGGCGUUCGUGCAGGACGUGGAGGAAAUCAAACAAAAGGUCCCGGCGAUGGAGGCGGCGUGCAGGGCGGCGGGCCGCACGGCGCAGCUACUGAGCAAAGACGCUCCGCAGGAGGAGCUCCUCCAGAUGACAGCUGUGAUGGCCUCCAUCAAGGAGCAGCUCAGUAAGAUCAGGGAGGGGUGCCUGCCUCUGCUCAGAGAGGCUCAGGCUCUGCUGCCCCCCCUGGAGGAGAUGGAGAAGAACAUCACGGGCUUCUACCAGGCUCUGGAGAAGGCCAGCUGCAUCACCGGCGCCGGCCGUCCGGGGGGGCCCGCUGACUUCAGACAGCAGUGUCAGGAGCUGGCCACCUUGACUCACAGCUGCAAGAAGUGCCUGACGGUGAUCGAGCGGACCCACCAGAACAUCCAGAGAAGCCUGAGCAGCAGUGGAGCCCUGCAGCACCUGGACCUGGCUCUGCUGCAGAAACGCGUGGCAGAGCUGCAGACGGCCUCGCAGAACAUGAUCAGGGAGUCCACGGAGUGGAGGAGGCAGGAGGAGACCAACAGCAGCCUCCUCAGGAGGUUUGAGGAGUCCCGAGUGGAGCUGGAGAAGGUCCUGAAGGCGGCCCAGAGCUGCGUGACGGAAAGCGGCGAGCCGGAGGAUUUGCUGAGGAAACACACGGACUUCUUUGAGCAGCUGGACCAGCGGGUUCUGAACACGUUCCUGAAGGCGUGUGACGAGCUGACGGACAUCCUGCCCGAACAGGAGCAGCAGGCGCUGCAGGAGACCGUCAGGAAGCUGCACAAACGCUGGAAGGACAUGCAGACGGACGCCCCGCUGCACCUCCUGCACGUGCAGGUGGAGGCAGAGAGGAGCCGGCUGGAGCUGUCCAUGCAGGAGUGCAAGGCGGAGCUGACCAGGGAGAACCGCCACCUGGUCGGGGUGGGGAGUGAGCGGCUCCUUAAGGAGCACCGGAGCUUCUUCGGGGAGAAGGGGCCCCUGUCCCAGUGCGAGAAGAGGCUGCAGCUCAUGGAGGAGCUCUGCCAGAAGCUCCCUGAGGAGGACCCCGCCCACCGCAGCCUGCAGAGCGCCAGGAAGGAGUUAGGCGAGCUCCAGGAGGAGAUCCAGAGCACACGACUGAAGCUCCUGCAGCACCAGGACAAGUGGAAGGACUACAACAAAAGGUACGCUGAGCUCUCCUGCUGGCUCAUCUCCAAGGAGAGCCAGCUGAGGCUCCUGAGGAACCGAGCCAGUGACCACAGGAAGUACGGUCAGGUGAAGACCGCCAUCGCGGAGCUGAGGAAUGAGGCGGAGCUGCAGGAGGGGAACCUGGGCUGGCUGAACGCCCGCAUGGCGGAUCUGAUCGAAGUGUCGGCAGACGAUGACGCCCAGCGGCAGGGGGCGGCGCUGACCAAGCUGUCUGCAGACCUGAAGGGUCUCGUAGCGUCUCUGUCAGAGGCUGAGAAGAUGCUGCUGACCGUGGGGGACUGUGUUCAGUUCAGAGAGGAGGUCCAGGCCACGCUGGAGGACCUGGCUCAGGGGCAGAAGGAGGUGCAGGCCGAAGCCUCCCAGAUCCUGGACUCCUCUGAUCCCAGAGAGGCCCAGCAGCUGCUGCUGGUCCACCAGCAACACCUGAAGCGCCUCCGAAUGAAGAGGAAGGAGGUCCAGCAGCUCUUCUCCAGAGGUCAGCAGCUGCAGGUGGAGGAGGCGCUGGAGGGGGCUCUGCAGCAGGACCUGCAGACGCUGGAGAACAGCCUUAGCAGGAUGGAGCAGAGCACGGACUCGCAGGAGCAAAGCCUGGAGGUGACUCUGGCCGCCUGGCAGCAGCACAGCGACCAGCAGGAGGCGGUGCAGACCUUUGUCCUCAGAGCACGCUCCUCCAUGGACAGGGAGCUGAACUUCAGCAGCCCAGAGAGCCUGGAGGUGGAGCUGGAUCAGGCCAGAGUGCUGCUGAAGCAGAGUGAAGGCGAAGCUCUGCACACCAAGACCUUGUCGAAGAGAGCCGCCGAAAUCCAGCUGAGCCCCAAAAAUAAGACCCUGCUGCUGCAGCAGGCCCACUCGCUCAGGGAGCAGGUGGAGGAGGUGGAGGAAAGCCUGAAGCAGGACGUGAAGCUCCUGGAGGACAUGAAGCUGCAGUGGGACACCUUCACUGCAGGCUUUGAAGGUCUGUCCCAGUGGAUCUCUGAGACGGAGAAGCAGCUGGAGGACGUCAGGACGUCUGCUCCACCUGUGGAGGAGCAGAGACGGACGGUGCAGGAGGUCCGUCGUGGGCUUCAGGAACGAGCCGAAGUUCUCCCGCAGCUGGAGGCGGACUCCGCUUCGCUGGCCCGCUUCGUGUCAUCGGGGGAGGCGGCUCGCAUCAAGGCCCGCCUGACCCAGAUUGGGAGGUACUGGGAGGAGCUUAAGGAGAGCGUCCAGCAGCUGGACGGACUUCUCCAGGAACGCUGGCGUCAACAGCAGAAGUUCAGCAGCAGCCUGGAGGAGCUUCAGGCGGGUCUCCAGGAGCUUCAGGCCGAGCUGAAUCGGCCAAUGGGAGGCUGCAGCUCCUCCUCAGAGACCUUCAGAGCUCUGCAGAGCCACACGGAUGUGUGUCAGGCUCUGCAGCAGCUGAAGGCGCCCCUGCUGGCGCUCUCAGCUUCUGCGCGGCGCCUCGGCGACGACGGACCAGCUGAGCGAACCGUGACGGAGCUGAGCGCCGCUUUGGAACAGGCGCUGCAGGAGGCAAAGGUCAGGCAGGGCCGCCUGGAGAGCCUGCUGUCUUCAUGGCAAAGGUUUGAGAAACAGCUGUCAAACUUCACUUCCUGUCUGGAGAGAAUCGAGUCUUCAUCCAGACCUGAGGGUCCAUGUCUGACGGCUGAUAAAAGCAAACUGCGCUUUGAGAUCCAGGACUUGCAGGCCCUGCAGCCGGAGCUGCGGUCCCUGCAGACGGCCCACGCUGACCUGCAGACUCUGGGGAUGGACUUUUACCACUCUGCACCCGAGCAGAAGGUCCUGCAGAUGAAGGAUGAGCUGGAAACCCUCCAUAGAAGGCUGAGGGUCCAGCAGGAAGCCCUCCCAGAAAGAAUAUCGGACCUUCAGAACCAUCUGUGUCAGCUGGAGCGGUUGGACGGGACCCUUCUGGAGUUUGCGCGGUGGAGCGAAAGGAUGCUGUCAGAUCUACACUCCGCCCCUCAGAUCCGCAUCAGCAGCCUGCAGGCCACCGUGGAACACACCAAAGAGACCCAGAAGGCCCUGCUGGAGCAGUCCAGUGUCCGGGAGAGCCUGGAGCAGCAGGUCCAAGAGCUCUGUCGGCUCUGCGAGCCUGCAGAUGCGCAGCUGCUGACUAGCAGAGCAGACAGCUGCUUGCAGCCUCAGCGGGAGGCGCUGCAGACAGCGCAGCUGCAGGUGGACUGCCUGCAGAAGUUGGCAGCUUUCCUGCAGACCCACAGCACGGUGGCGGGGGUACUGCAGGGGCUCAGACACACCGUGGAGAGCGCCGGGAGCUGGGACUGUGCGCGGGUGGAGGAGCUGCAGCUGGAGCUUUCCGCCAUCGUCGCAGACAUCCAUCAGCUGGAGACGGCAGCCGUCAGUCUGGACAGCAGUCUCUGCAAAGCUCAUCUCUACCUGAGCUCUGAGGACGGUAAGUCCUGCCGCAUGCUGGCUGACGCGCUCAGCGCAGACCUGGACGGGGUCAGGAACCUGCUGGGUACCAAGCAGAACGAGGCCGAGGCCCUGGGGGCUCUGUGGACCUCCUUCCGCCAGAGGAAGGAUCAGCUGCUGAGGGCGGUGGAGGACAUCGAGGAAAAAGCAGAAAAGCAGACCUUGAAGGAAGCCAGCCUGCAGGGGCUGCAGCUGCGACUCCGCCUCUUCAACCAGCUGGAGGACGAGCUCCAGGCUCACCAGCAUGAGGAGCAGUGGCUGCAGGACAAGGCGGAGCAGCUGGCCCGCAGAGACGCAGAGCUGGCUGGGGAGGUGCUGCGUGAGAUGGGCCUGCUGAGGAGCACGUGGGAGGCCGCCAGGAGGCUGAUCGCAGACAAGCAGGAGCAGUGCAGCGUCCUCACCGAACUCAUGAGAGAAUACCAGACGCUGAAGGCCCGCGUCUGCCACGUCACCGGGAGGGCGGAGCCACUGGCCGACCUGAGCUCGCUCCUGAGGGACGCUGAGGAGACCAAACGGGCGCUGGCAAAGCACGAGUCCAUGAAGGCAGAGAUGAGCAGCAGACACGCAGAUCUGGACCAGUUCAGCUGCAAAGGGAAGCAGCUGCUGGUGGAACUGAAGAAGAUCCCCGAGUGUGACAGCCAGCCCAUAAAGCAGGACAUGGACGCCAUCGUGGACCAGUGGCUGGAUAUGUCUGAAAAGAUGGAUCUGAACGUGGACCUGCUGAUCCGGGUCCUUGGCCUGUGGGAGGACGUCCGGAACAUCAGCGAGGACGUGGAGAGCUGGACCAGCAGCUCCACCGCCGAGCUUAACCAAAGCCUGAGCAACUUCAGCGACAGCCGGAAGGUGUCAGCGCGGCUCGCAGAACUGCAGGAAGAGAUGAGUGAGAAGGAGCAGAAACUGGAAGCUCUGCAGAUCAAAGUGUCUGAGCUGAAGAAGAGCAGCCAGAGUCAGGAGACUCCUGCCAAGCUCCAGGUGUUGGAGAAUGACCUUCAGGAGAAGAUCGGUGCAGUCAAGAAGCUUCACCAGCAGUCUGCAGCAAACCUGAUGGACUUCAGCUCCCAGAGGAGGCAGCUGCAGGACUACAUCACCCAGAUGUCAGCGUGGUUGAGGAGCAUGGAGGAGUCUCUGGGGUCCUCUCCAACUGGGCUGGACCCUGAGGACAUCUGCAGAGUGAAGGACCUUCAAAAGGAGCUCCAAAACCAGCAGGGGAGCAUCGACACCACCAGGGAGGGGCUCAACAACCUGUGCAGGAAGUAUCCUUCAGAGGAGCUGGCGGGUCUGGGCUCGUCACUGACGGACCUCAUCAAGACCUACGACAGCGUGAGCCAGAUGUCAGCCCGGACGCUGGCGUCCCUCCAGAGCGGCCUCCAGCAGCAGUUCCUGCGCCUGGUCCAGGAGUUCCACCUGUGGCUGUCGGAACAGCGGGACAUAGUGAAGGAAUGCUCGGACCGAUCAGGAGACACUCAGACGGUGGAACGGAAGCUUCAGAAACUGAAGGGGGCCAUGGAUCGUGUGGAGGAGGGGGAAUCCCGUCUUACUCAGGUGUGUGAGGAAGGAGAGAAGCUGCUCCUGCACCUCCCUAAAGCCAGCGCUGCACAGGUGCAGCAGCACCUGUCCUCCAUCCAGCAGGACUGGGACGGCUUUGUGGAGCAGUGCAGGCAGAACCAGCAGAUCCUGGAGGACAGCGCCUCACUCAUGAGGGGGUUUGAAGGUCGCCUGGAGAAGCUCAGGCGAUGGCUGGAACAGAUGGAAAGCAGAGUAACGUCCGACCAGCUGGAGGUCAAGCAGCACGGCUCAGAAAAAGCCCUUCUGGAGCUGGUGGAGGAAUACCAACAGGAAGUGCUCAGAGAAAGGGACUCCUUCGAGCGCCUCUGUCAGGAGGGCCAGGCGCUGAACGAGGGCGGGCGCGGCGAUGGCGGUGAGACCCGGGUGUCGGCCCAGCUGCAGUCGCAGCACCAGGCCCUGCUGAGGCGUAUCAGAGAGAGGCUGCGUUGCUGCCAGCUGACCCUGCAGGAGCAGCAGGCCUUCCAGGAGACGCUGCAGAGCAGCUGGAGCUGGCUGAGCGGCGUGCAGGAGCGGCUGGACUCCCUCAGCAGCACCAUCGGCACCAAAGAGACUCUGGAGAAGAGGCUGGGCCUGGUGCAGGACAUUCUGCUCUUGAAGGGGGAGGGGGAAGUGAAGCUCAACAUGACCGCAGGGAAAGGAGAGCAGGUCCUGAAGCACAGCAGCUUGGAGACCCAGGAGAAGAUCCACACUCAGCUGCAGAGCCUGAAGGACGCGUGGGCCAACUUGCUGAUGACCGCCAUCAGCUGCCACAGUCGCCUGGAGUGGACGGUGUCCCAGUGGAGCAGCUUCCAGGAAGACCGGAGUCAGCUGCUCCAGUGGAUGGAGUCUGUGGAGAAGGAGCUGGGGAUGGUUCUGCUGCAGCAGCCGGGUCUCAAAGAGAAGUCGGCAUUGCUGGAGCGAGUGCGCAGCAUCCAAGCUAACGUGGAUGCCCACGCCGGAAUCCUGUCACGCCUGACGGAGAAGGCAGCCGAGAUGCACGAAAAAACCGGGGACCAGACAUUCGGACCAGAGUCCAGAGUGGAGCUCAACGCACGCUUUGCUGAUGUGUCCGCCGUCGUCAAGGGGAAGGUGCGGUCCCUGCAGAACAUCGUUUCUGAGCACGAGCAGUACGUGGACGCCGUCAGAGACUUUAAUGACUGGCUGAUCACAGCAAAGGAGGAGCUGCAGCGCUGGUCUGAUCUGUCAGGAGACUCGGUGAGCAUCAGACGGAAGCUCUGUAAAGUUCAGGAACUGCUGGACUCUAAGCAGCGAGGCAGAGAGAGGCUAAGCCGCAUUCAGAGGUUUGGGGCCGUGACCAGAGACAACACCGGUUCAGGAGGCUACGAGGCUCUGGAGCGAGAGGAAGCUGCCCUGCUGUCGUCGUAUGAACAGUGGGAGCGGACAGCGCUGCAGACGCGCACCAGCCUGGAGACGGCGCUGUCGCAGAUCUCCAACUCGGAGCAGGAGUUUGGCAGCAUGACGGCUCAGCUGGAGCAGGACCUGCUGGACUUCAGCGAUCAGCUGAAGGACUGGAGGCUGCGACUGGUCCAGGUGGAGCGACAUGGCGACGGGGAGGAGUCUGCAACGGCCUGGAGAGCAGCUAAGGAUUGUUGGGAGGAGUUAGUGAAAGCUGAAGCCACAUGUGACCAUCUGAAGGCCCAACUGAACGACCUCUGCAGGUUCUCCAGAGAAAUCAGCUCACAGUCUGAAAGAGUUUCUUCUCUGAUUAAAGACUACAACAGUCUGAGCCUGCAGGCCUCCAGGGAGUGCCAGAGCAGGGAGAGGCAGCUGGACCACAGCUUCCGCUCCGUCUUCAGAGACUUCCAACAAUGGCUGGUCAACGCCAAGAUCACCACAGCCAAGUGCUUUGAUGAACCCCAAAAUGUCAGCGAGGCGUCUUCAAGCCUGCAGAAAAUUCAGGACUUCCUGAGCCAGAGAGACACAGGUGAGUCCAAGCUGAACACCGUGCUCGUGAGCGCCGAGCGACUGUUCGCCGUCGCAGCCAAAGACACCCGAGACGCGGUCCGGGCUAAAAGCAACGUGGCCAGAGACGACUGGAAGAGCUUCAUGUCCAACCUCCACAGCAGGGAGGCGGGUCUGCAGGACCUUCUGUCUCAGAUGAAGGACUUUGAGGCGAACGCCACGCCUUUUCAGGAGAAGCUGAACGCCACAGAGCUGGUAGUGCAGGAGAGCAGCAGCAGACUUCAUGAUCUCACUGCCAAGAGGGAGGAGCUGCAAAAACUGCAGUCUGUGCUGGACGACUUGGCCUCUCUGGAGAUUCAGCUUUGCAGGCUGAGGGAGAAGGCCCGGCUGCUGAUGGACCAGUAUGCGGCCGGGAAGGGCUUUGUGCACCGCGUUUCCCAGCUCUCUGCUCAGCUCCUAGCUUUGACCACCCUGACCAAGGAGAAGACCUCCCGGAUCGAUCGGAUCGUAGCCGAACAUCAGCUUUUCUCUCAGGGCUUGCAGGAGCUGCAGAGCUGGGUGGCGGACACCACCCACAUGCUGCAGAACUACUGCGCCCCCACCACCGACAAAAGUGUUCUGGACAGCCGGAUGAUCAAGCUGGAGGCUCUGCUGACGGCUCGGCAGGAGAAGGAGAUCCAGCUGAAGAUGCUGAUCACAAGAGGAGAGUCCGUUCAAAGGAACACCUCCGCAGAGGGGGUUCCUGCCCUCCAAACACAGAUGCAGGAGCUGAAGGACUCCUGGGACGCCCUCCACUCUGCGUCUAUUCUCUGCAAAAGCCGGCUGGAGAGCGCCCUGUCCCAGUGGACCAGUUACCAGGAGGACCUGCGGCAGUUCACCUCCUGGGUGGAGCGCAUGCAGGAGAACCUGGACGCCGUUGGAAAACCCUGUCCGGAAAUGAGGGACAAGUCUGCUCAUCUCAGCAGAGCAAAGCUGCUGUUGGAGGAGGUUCUCAACCAUCAAACCCUGCUGGAAACCAUCGCCGCCAAGAGCGCCGGCAUGGGCGAGAACUAUGCGACUCAGCUGGAGCUGCAAGAACUUGAGGAGCAGUACGGCGCCGUCAGAGACAGAGCCUCGAGGGCGGUCAGCCGGGCGGAGGAGCUGCUGAAGGCCCAUCAGGAGCAUCAGCGCGCCCUCCACGCGUUCCAAGACUGGCUAGUGCAGCAGCAGGAAACGCUGGGCAGCUACACCCAACUGGAAGGAGACGUGGACGCGCUGGAGGAGACACUGCAGAAGCUGCAGGAAAUGCUUCUGAACCUGCGGUGGUCCCCCCCCCAGGAGCUGCAGCUGUGCUGCACCGAGGGCCAGGCUUUGCUCAACGCCGUCCAGCUCAGCCGGGAGCUGGUGUUGCCUUCAGGCGCGCCUCAGACGGAGGACAGAGCUCUGGAGGGCCUUCAGCAGGAGUGGAGGCUGUACCAGGCCCGGCUGGCCGAGACCCGUGCCCAGCUCAACGGCACUCUGGCCAGGCUGAGGCAGAUGGAGCAGAAGUUCCAGCGCCUGGACAGCUGGCUGAAAGGCAUGGAGAGCAAAGCCGACGUGCGCAGCCACCGCAGGUCUGAGCGCGCCACCAAAGAGGCUCAGCUGCAGAUGAUCAAGAGCUGGCAGGAGGAGGUGCUGGUCUAUCAGGAGGAGAUGGAGGGCCUCUCUCUGCUGGCUCAGCAGGUUCUGGACGAGACGCACAUCAGCAGCCGGAUCAGUACCAGAGCCACCCAGAUCACAGCGCGCUACCACGCUUUGGUCCUGCAUCUACUGGAGACCAUCAGGCAGCUGCAGGAGGAGGUGUCCUGCAUGGAGGAGGCUCAGUCUGCCUCCUCCACCUUCUCCGACUGGCUCGGUGCAGCGCUGAGCAGCUUCAGCUCUGCGGCUUCAAGUGUUCAGGUGGACCGCUGUGCCAUGGAGAGGAAGAUGAAGAAACUGGAGGCCCUGCAGGCGGACAUGGAGCAGGGCCACGCCUACCUGAAGGCUCUAAGGGAGCGGGCGGAGCGCGCCAUUUUGUUUCUGGAGGGACCUGAAGCAGAGCAGCUGACGGAGGAGGUGGACGCUCAUGUGCUGCAGCUGCAGGAGCUGCAAGGAGCUCUGCGCGUGGAGCACUGCUCCCUGGAGAAGUGCAUGUGCCUCUCCAAAGACUUCACGGAGAAGCACAAGGCCCAGGCCCAGUGGGUGAAGGAGACCAGAAACCUCCUAGCAUCCAGUGUGGAGCCCAAAGCCGAGCUCUAUCAGAAAAAGGCUCAGCUGGCGAAGUACAAGACCAUCCAGCAGGUGGUGCUGUCCCAGGAGUCCACAGUGAAGUGUGUCCUGAACAAGGGAGAGGCGCUGCUGGAGGUCAUCAGCGACCCCUCUGUGAGCGACAGCAUGGAGAGGCUACAGGCGGACUACCUGGAGCUCUGCACCGCCGCUCAGACACAGGUGGAGAGCCUGGCAGAGUGGGUCAAGGAGCACGAGGACUACAACACGGAGCUGCAAGAGGCUGAGAAGUGGCUCCUGCAGAUGUCCAGCCGGCUGGUGACCUCCGACUCCAUGCAGACCAGUAGCAUGGAGAGCACCACGCAGCAGCUGGCCAGACACAAGGCUGUCAUGGAAGAGAUCUCCAGCUUCGAGGAGCGGCUCUCCACCUUGAAGCAGAAAGGAGAAAGUCUCUUCAGCGGCUGUUCGGACCAAGUUCAGGCCAAGAUGAGCCAGCAGGUCCAGACGCAGCUGCAGGGAACCAGAGACAGCUACUCUGCUGUGUGCAGCACGGCCCAGCGGAUCUUCCAGAGUCUGGACCGGGAGCUGCAGAAGCACGUCAGCCAUCAGGACGCGCUGCAGCAGUGCCAGGCCUGGCUGUGCGGCGUGCAGGAGGAGCUGCAGCAUCAGGCGCCGUCCGGUCUGCAGGAGGCACUCAAGCAGGUGAAGCAGUACCGGGCCCUGCAGGAGCAGGCCAGCACCUACCUGGACCUGGUCUGCUCCCUGUGUGACCUGACGGACGAGGCGGUGAGGAGAGCUGCAGCUCAGGUCCAGCAGGUCAAACUCACGAUAGAGGAGCGCAUGUCCACCACCCAGGAGCUCUCACAGGCCUGGAGGGAGCUGAAGGAGCAAAAACAAGAUCUGAGCAGCUCCUUCCAGGACACGGAGCAGCAGCUUCUCAGCCUGUGUAGGAGGCCGGCUGAGCUGGAGAUGAAGAUUGCUCAAAACGUGCUCGCUCAGGCCGAGGAGUGCUGCCUGCAGCUCCAGACCAAGCAGAACGUCUUCACCAAAAUGACAGAGACUGUGGACAGACUGACCGGAGGCCAGACCUCCCCGGAACACGCCGAUCUGGACCGUCUGAGCCGCUGCUGGGUGGCCCUGCGUCACCAGGCUGAGAAGCUGCAAGCGCAGAAGGAGGAGGAUCUGCAGAGGGCCGGGGGCUACCACGCCUGCAUAGCGGCUGUGGAGGCGCUGUUCGAGGAGGUGUCUGGAGUUUGGGACAACCUGGCCAGAACGGAUGCAGAAAGUUCAUCCCAGCACCUGGAGGCUCUGAGAAAACUGGCAGGAACUCUGGAGGAGCGGAAAGCCGUCCUGGAGGAGCUGAAGGAGCAGAAGCAGAAGGUCAUCCAGCAUCUGAACCUGGAUGACAAGGAGCUUGUAAAGGAGCAGGUCAGCCACUUUGAGCAGCGCUGGGCUCAGACGCAGAACCUGAUCGACAGAAAGGUGCGGGACUCCAUGGUGACCCUGGAGGAUAUGAGUCAGGUGGAGGCCCGGCUGAGGGAGGCGCGAGAUUGGGCGGAGGAGCAGCAGCCCGCUCUGUCAGAGGCAAUGAAGAUGAGUCCUCCUCCGGAGUUGGCUCAGAGCUUCCUGUUCGACCACCUGAGCAUCUGCAGCGAGCUGGAGGCCAAGCAGCUCCUGCUGGCCCAGGCCGUGGCCGACGCUGACCGGGUUCUGCCGCGGCUGGGCCUCAGCGAGCGGCACAACCUGCAGCAGAUGAUUGCUGACACGCAGGCAGAGGUGGAGGCCCUGAGCGGGAAGGUGGUGCAGCGCAGGAAACACCUGAGCAAGGCCUUCACGGAGAGGACGCAGUUCCUGAUGGCCGUGGGUCAGUCCAUCGCCUGGGUUCAGCAGAACGAGAAGAAGGCCCAGGAAGAGGAGUACAUCGCUCUGCUGGCUGAAGACGUGUCCAAGCAGGUCCGGUCCUGCAGGAACAUCCAGAGCAGCCUGAAGGCCUACCGCAGCGAGCUCACCUCCCUGUGGUCUCAGGGCCGAGACCUGAUGAGGGAGGCCAGUGAGGAGGAGAGGAGUGAGCUCCUGGCCAAGCUGCAGGAGCUGCAGAGCAUCUUUGACCGGACGCUUCACCGGUGUGGCCAGAAGCUGCAGGAGCUGGAGAAGGUUCUGGUGUCCAGGAAGUACUUUAAGGCGGAUCUGGAGAGGAUCUGCCUGUGGCUGAAACAAGCUGACAUUGUGACUUUCCCUGAAACAAACCUGAUGGUUGGAGGAGCUGAGCUGGAGGUCCAGCUGCACAAGUAUGAGCAGAUCAUGGAGCAGGCCGUGGAGAACGAGGAACUGCUCCUCGCUGUGCAGAGAGCAGGCCAGGAGGUGCUGCCCACCCUGAACGAGGUGGACCACUGCUACCUGGAUGAGAAACUCAAUUCCCUCCCGCAGCAGUACAACAGCAUCCUGGCUCUGGCCAAGGAGAAGCGGGAGAAGAUCCAGCAGGCCAUCCUCACCAGGAAGGAGUACUCCUCCUUCAUAGACGUCACCCACAAAGCCCUGAAGGAGCUGGAGGAGCAGUUCAGCAGUCUGGGGACACAGCCUGUGGGCCUGGAGACGAAGGAGGUGCUGAGCCUCCAGAGCCAGUACAAAGCCAUCCUGGUGGACCUCAGCACUCUGGGUCUGGCUGUGAGCGAGCUGAACCAGAAGAAAGAAGGUUUCCGCAGCACGGGGCAACCGUGGCGCCCCGACGAGAUGACUCAGCUGGUGAGCCUCUACAACGGCCUGAAGAGGCUGGUGGAGCAGAAGGUGGAGCAUCUGGACGAGACCCUGGAGUCCUUUGAGGACCACAAGGCCAUGGCCAUGCAGAUGGACUCUGAGCUGAGAGCCACCAAGGAGCAGCUGGACAAGGUCAACACAGAGACGCAGUCCGCCGAGGAGCGGCUGAAGAACUACCACACCCUCGCCGGGAGUCUGCAGAGCGCCGACUCCCACCUGUCCAGGCUCAUGGAGCAGAUGAACAGCCUGGCCCCACGCGUGGACCGGGCCGCCCACGACGCCUCCAAAGAGCAGGUGGUGCUGUGGCAGGAGGAGCUGCGCUCGCUGCAGGCCGCCGUGGGGGAGCUGAUCGAAGAGUGCGAGACCCGCUUCGUCCACAGCAAAGACUUCCAGACGGAGAUGGAGAAAAGCCUGGAGUGGCUGCAGCAGAUCCGCCGCGAGCUGGACUGCGCCGUCAUCGUGGAUGUGCGCGUGGAGAAGGUCCAGGAGGAGAUCAGGAAGCAGCAGAUCAUGCAGGAGGAGGUGCAGUCCAGGCUCCGCAUCGUAGCCGCCCUCAGCAGCCGCGAAAAGCAGAAGUACACGAGCGCCAAUGAGCUGGUCCCUGCCCACGUGAACCGCCGGCUGGAGGAGAUGACCAAGCUGCAGGCAGACGUCCAGAGAGCGCUGACCGCCAAACAGAUCACUCUGGAGGAAGCUCUGCUGCUGUGUCAGAAGUACCACUUCAGGAUGCAGGCCGCCUGUGAGUGGCUGGAGGACGCUGUGUCCUUCCUGCAGCAGGCCAGCCUGGGGGUGGAUGUGGAGAACCACGAGGAGUGUCUGCGGCAGCAGGCAGACAUCGUGGCCACGGAGCAGGAGUUCCUCAUUCACCUGGAGGAGCUGCAGAGCCUCCUCCCCAAGCUGGAGACUCUGGUCAACCCCACGGCAAAGGAGCAGCUGCGACUAAGUGUGGAGUCCGCCCAGCAGAGAGGCGUAGAGGUUCGAGACCAGCUGCAGUGCCACAAGGACGUCCUGCACAGCUGCGUGGCUCAGUGGACGUCCUUCCAGGAGGCGCGGCAGACCGUCAUCGAGCUGAUGAACGAGGCAGAGAAGAAGCUGACUCAGUUUUCCACGGCCAAGGCGGCUACCAGUCAGGAAGCAGAAGACCGUCUGAGCAGCCACAGGACCCUGGUGUCACUAGUGAGCGGCUUUCAGGAGAAGCUCAGCAGUCUGGAGGAGCAGGCUACUCAGCUGGAGCUGGUAGGAAGUGAUGCCAGCAAGGCCACCAUCAGCCGCUCCAUGACCACGGUGUGGCAGCGCUGGACGCGACUCCGCAGCGUGGCGCGAGGGCAGGAGAGAGUCCUGGAAGACACUGCCCAAGAGUGGGGCACCUUCAGGGAGAAGAUGCUGAAGGUGAGGAGCGUCUCAGAGGAUCUUCAGAGCCGGUUCCCCGACAGCGCUGUGGAGAAGGCCUCGAAAGCUACUCUCCAGUCUCUGCUGGACCAGCACGACCUGCUGAGCCAGGACCUGGAGCGGGAGCUGUCCGCCCUCAUGCUGCUGCGGCAGUACGCCCUCAGUCUGCUGCACGCCGUGGAGGUGCCGUCGCCCACAAAUGACCACGAGGAGCUGCCCAGCCUGAAGGAGAUCAGGGAGGUUCAGGACCACAUGGAAAGCCUCCUGACUCAGUCCAGGACCAAGCGGGCUCACGUGGCUCAAGAGCUCAGAGAAAGAGAAGAAGUGGAGAAGGAACUGAGUGUUGUGAAGGUCUGGAUCCAGCAGAGCAGGGAGCUGCUCCUCAACCCCACGCAGGACAUCGAAUCCUUGCUGCACCAGCUGGAGGUCCUGCAUGAGGAGGUCAUCAGCUUCCGGCAGAACGUGGAGAAGUUAGCAGAGCAACAGCAAAGCAAAUACCUGGACCUGUACACCAUCCUUCCCUCAGAAAUCUCCAUGCAGCUGGCGGAGGUCUCUCUGGCUUUAGCUGCAAUUGAAGAUCAGGUUCUCUCCAAGGAAAGGGACAUUCAGAAGACCAGAGAAAUCAAGGAGGACUUCAGCUCCAGAAUCCAGGACAUGUCAGAAAAACUGAAAACCAUCUCAAGCAAAUUCAACGAGAAAUCUCCAGAUGUGGAGCACGCCAAAGAAGAGGUCAAGAGACUGUUUGAAGACCUGGACGGCUGCGGCAGCGCGCUCUCAGAGCUGGACGCCUCCCUGCAGGACUUCAGCCGCAGCAACCCGCUGCUGGCCAAACAGCUGAGUGAGGCUGUGAGCAAACUCUCAGAGAUGCACCACCACACCAGCCGCCUGGCAGACUGCAGGAACAACUGGCUCAAGAAGGCCGUCUGCUACCUGGACGAGUACAACGAGAUGCUGGACUUCAUCGUCAGGUGGGCGGACAAAGCCCGGAGCCUGGUGAGGGCAAACAUCAUCUGGAACUCCUCUGUCCACCUGCAGGAGCAGAUCCGGAUCCACCAGGCGGUCCUCCGGGAGUCCCGGGAGCUUCAUGGAGAUCUGGAGUCGAUGGCAGAGAAGGUGGAGCUUCUGUCCGAGGUGCUGCAGGUUCAGGCGCUGAGUCAGCAGGUUUGUGAGCUCAGUCGGCACACCGAUGAGCUUCAGCAGAGCAUCCGGACGCAGCUGCAAAGCCUCCAGGACGCCAACAAGAGCAUGGAAACCCUGGAGCGAGAGGUCAAGGCUCUCCAUGUGGCUCUGGAGCAGCUCCAGGCCGUGCUGACCUCCCCAGAAGUGACCCGCCAGAGCCUGAAAGAGCAGCUGCUGCAGAGACAGCGGCUGCUGGCAGACAUGGAGGGCCUGAAGGUGCAGGUGCAGGCGGUGCAGCGGUGUCAGAGCACUCUGCAGGUUCCUGAAGACGUCAUGCCCAGCCUGGCCGUCUGCCACACAGCGCUGCGGCUGCAGCACGAAGCCAGCCAGCUGCAGCACGUGGCCAUACAGCAGUGCAACAUCCUACAGGAGGCCGUGGUUCAGUACGAACAGUACGAACAGGAGGUUGGGGAGCUGCAGGGUCUGAUCGAGGAGGCGCACCAGGUCAUCCAGGACCGCCCCGUCCCCAGCAGCAACAUCCAGGAGCUGCAGGCGCAGAUCCUCCACCACGAGGAACUCGCCCAGAAGAUCAAAGGCUACCAGGAGCAAAUCGCCUCCCUGAACUCCAAAUGCAAGAUGUUGGCGGUGAAGGCCAAACACGCCACCAUGCUGCUGACCGUCAGCGACGCCCACGGGCUUCCUGCUGAGCUGCAGGACGAGGUGGGCGGGGAGGUCAGGAAAUCUGCUGUCACAAUGACGGCGGGCCGCUGUCACACUCUGCUGUCUCCGGUUAGCGAGGAAUCUGGGGAGGAGGGCGCCAGCAGUGAGGUCUGCUCCCCUCUAGUGGGUGGAUCCUCUCCAGUGACUCCCCCUCAGGACGCGGACUCAAAGGAGGGGCAGGGAAGACUCACACGUGCUGCAGUCUUGGACAUGUAUGACCCCACCUCAGAGUCUGUGGCCCACCUGGAUGAACUGCAGCGCUCGUGGGAAUCUCUGAAGAACGUGAUCAGCGAGAAGCAGAGGUCUCUGUACGAAGCUCUGGAGAAGCAUCAGCAGUAUCAGAGCUCUCUUCAGUCCAUCUCCUCAAAGAUGGAGACCCUGGAGGACAAACUCAGCGAGCCUCUGGAGCUUCAGAAAAGUCCAGAGAGUCACAUGAAGGCCCACCAGGGUCUGCUGACGGAGAUCCAGGAUGUCCAGGAGGAGAUGGAGAGGCUGCAGAGCAGUUUCACCCAAGAUGUGUCUGCUGCUGUGGACUCAGACGUGUCUGAGCAGCUGGCCAUGCAGUCCUCGCUGUCGGUGCUGGGGGAGAGGAUGUCCACCAUCCACAUGAAGGCUUCGGGGAAGCACCAGCAGCUGGAGGAGCACCUGAGCGAGCGGCAGGAGGUUCAGCAUCAGGAGCGUGUCCUGCAAGGCUGCUGGCUCCAAGCAGAGGAGCUGCAGGAGUGGCUGAGUCAAAUGCACCAGGGCGCCGCCCUCAUCCUGCUGCCCCACGCCGCCGGGGAGGUGGACGAGCAGCUGUACAAGUGUCAGGGCGUGCUGCUGGAGGUGGAGGAGAAGGUGUCCGCCCUGUCUGAGCUGUCCAUGCGGAGCGACAGCCUGCUGCUGGAGAGCCCCGCCCACACCCGGGAGGAGGCCCAGCGCCUGGCCUCCAGGCUGCAGGCGCUGAAGGGGGGCCUGCUGGAGCUGCAGAGGAUGCUACAGGACAAGCAGACGAGCAUCCAGACCUCCCUGCAGGAGCCGGAGGACAGCGGCUCCGACUCCAGCCUCUCCCAGAGCUCCAGCGUGCAGGACUGGCUGGCCCAGGCCCGGACCACGCGGUCCCAGCAGCAUGAAGACAGCCUUCAGAGACAGAGGGAGCUGGAGGAGCAGCUGGCCGAGCAGAAGAAACUCCUUCAGUCUGUUGCCAGCAGAGGAGAGGAGAUCCUCAUCCAGCAGGCCUCCCCCAGCAGCAGCUCCGCCAGCCUCCCUUCAGACUCCGAGGCCGGGCUGGAGCAGAUGAGGCCGAGGUGGAGGAGCCUCCAGCUGGAGCUGAAGACCAAGCUGCAGCUCCUGGAGGGAACUCUGGAGCAGAACCAGAACCAGAACCAGGUACCUGGUGCUGCAGCAGCAUCAGGAACCGCCCUCCGCUCUCCUCAGGUGUUUCCUCCAGCGUCUCGCGUUCCCGCGGGGGAGUUGUUCAGCGGUCCCCCAGCGGGGAACGAACCCUCGCUGAAGACCCUCUAUGAUGCCUUCAGGGACACAGUCAGAGAUGCUCAGCCUGGCGAUUGGGGCGGGGCAUUGGUAGCGCAGAUGGAGCGGCAGCUCUUCUCAGCCGUGGCGUCCACCUCCUUCUGGCUGGACGGCGUGGAGAGCAGCGUCCUGUCAGGCUCUGAGCUGCUGGCUGAGACCACACGAACUCUGCAGCAGCAGGAGACGCUGCAGAAGGACCUGAGCUGCGUGGCAGAGGAGGUGAAGCUUUGUGAGUCUCUCCUCGCUGGAUCUUCAGGACUUGCAGAGGAAGACCGGACGCUGCUGCAGGACAACCUGGACUGCUUGCAGGGGAGGUUAAGCGCCUUAGGCGGCGCUUUGGGCCAACGCUGUGAGCACAUGAGGAGCAGAGCUCAGGAACUGGCGCUCUACCAGACGGACCUGCAGCUUCUUCAAACGGCUCUGAUGGAGAAGAAACGUCAGCUCCUUCAAGGUGCUGCUGGAUCCACAGACAGACCGGCCUGUGAGCAGCUGGAGGUCCUGACCUCUGAGGAGGAGACCCUGAAGGACUUUGAGCUCCGAAUCGCAGAGCUGAAGAGCAGAGGAGGUGAUCUGCAGGCCGACCAGGCUUCAACCAGCAACCUGCUGAAGCUCCAGGACUCCUACGAGGAUCUGGUGCUGAUUGUGGCCUCCAGGCGCAGCGGGCUGAACCAGAACCUGGCCCAGAAGGAGCAGUAUGAGCGCGCUCUGCAAGAUCUGACCGACCUGCUGGACACCGCCAAGGACAAGAUGUCUGCGGAUGGGAGGGUCCUGGCGGGCUCUGUGGAGGACGUUCAGACCCUCCUGGACAAACAUAAGGAGUUCUUCCAGGGUCUGGAGACCCACAUGGUCCUGACAGAAGCCUACUUCAGGAAGGUCAGCGGCCUGAUGCUCCCCACCGAGGGCCAGGCUCUGCAGGAGACGCUGGCAGAGGCUCAGAGAGUCCUGAAGGAGGCGCACAGGAGGGGGGUGGAGCUGGAGUGGAUGGUGCAGGUCUGGAGCCGCCUGGAGCAGGACUAUCAGGGUUUGAGCCGGCAGCUGGAGGCCCUGGAGGGCCGCACCCCCUCCGCUGGUCUGGAGGAGGAGUCAGAGGAGCGACUGACGGACAGGAUCUCCCUGUAUCAGGGCCUGGAGGGGGGGCUGGCAGAGCACCAGCACAAGCUGCACCAGCUGCUGGAUGAGGGCAAACAUCUGCUGGGGGGGCUGUCCUGCCCCAGUCUGGAGAGCCGGCUCGCCCAGCUGGGCAAACGCUGGCUCGACCACGCGGCCAAGGUCAAGAAGGAGCGGCAGCGGCUGGAGGCGGUCCUCAAACACUGGAGCAGGUACCAGAGAGCGCGGGCGGACAUCGGCGAGUGGCUGCAGUCGGCUCUGGAGCGCCUGGAGUUCUGGAACACGCAGGCGGUGUCGGUCCCACAGGAGCUGGAAACGGUCCGAGACCACCUCUCUGCGUUCCUGGAGUUCUCCAAGGAGAUGGAGGGGAAAUCCAGUCUGAAGAACGCCGUGGUUUCUGAGGGAAACCAGCUGCUGCGCCUGAAGAAGGUGGACACGGGGGUCCUCCGCUCAGAGCUGGCUCGCAUCGACGCGCAGUGGGCGGAGCUUGUCACGCGCAUCCCCGUGGUCCAGGAGAAGCUGCAUCAGAUCCAGAUGGAGAAGCUGGCCUCUCAGCACGCCAUCUCCGAGCUCUUCAACUGGAUCUCCCUGAUGGAGACUGUGAUCGAGGAGGACGAGGAGAACCUGAAGAGCGCCGUGGGGUCCAACGUGAUUCAGGACUACCUGCAGAGAUACAAGGGCUUCCGGGUGGAUGUGAGCUGUAAGCAGCUGACGGUGGACUUCGUGAACCAGUCGGUGGCGCACGCCGGCCUUCAGGACCCUGAGAGCAGGCACAGCGAGAAGACGGACUUUGCCGAGCGCCUGGGGGCCAUGAACCGCCGCUGGCAGAUCCUGCAGGGCCGCCUCAGUGAGCAGAUCCAGCUCCUGGAGAACCUCCUGGAGAUGUGGCUGGAGUAUGAGAGCAGCAUUCAGGCCCUGAAGGUCUGGAUGAACGCUCAGGAGGAGAGGCUGAGGAGGAAGCCCCGGCUGGAGGACCUGACGUCGGUGCAGAACGCUCUGAAGGACUGCCAGGAGCUGGAGGAGCUGCUGAAGGACAAAGAGAAGGACCUGGAGAAGGUGGAGGAGCAGGGCUGCGCCCUCGUUCAGAACAAAACUGACGAGGCCUGUGCCAUCGUCAUGGAGACGCUCCAAGGAGUCAAUCACUCCUGGGCCAACCUGCACCACCUGACCGGACAGCUGAAGAUCAGCCUGACGUCGGUUCUGGACCAGUGGAGUCUCUACAAACAAGCCUCGGAGGAAAUCAACGCCUACCUGAUGAAGGGGAGGUACUCCGUGUCGCGUUUGCGCCUCCUCACAGGAUCCCUGGAGGCCGUCCAGCAGCAAGUUCAGAGUCUGGAGGAGCUGCAGGAGGACCUGGAGAAGCAGGAGAGCAGUGUGAGGAGGUUCGGUGCGCUGACCCAUCAGCUUCUCAGGGACUGCCAUCCUUCGGUGUCAGACUCUCUCAACAACAGCCUGAAGGACAUGAACGCCAGGGAUAAAACGGCAGAACCUGAGCCUGAAGCAGGAGGUGCUGUGUCUGCGCUCAGGUGGAGCGGUCUGCAGGAGGAGAUCUUGGAGCGUCUGCAGAGCAGCAAAGCGCUGCUUCAGCUGUGGCAGCGCUACAAGGAGCUGCACCACCAGAGCUGCAGCGGCGUCCAGCUGCAGGAGGAGAAAGCCGACGCGCUCCUCAAGAGCUCCUGCAGCAACGACAUGGCGGACGAGGAGCUCCCCAGAUGGAUCCAGGGGUGCAGCGAGCUGCUGCGGUCCCAGGCUCCCCUUCAGGCCUCGCUGGAGGUCCUGCAGACUCUGGGGGAGCAGCUGAAGCAGCAGGUGGACACGUCAGCGUCCUCCACCCUGCAGUCCGACCACCUGUGUCUGCGGCAGCGUCUGCGCGUGGUGGAGCAGGCUCUCCGUGGACAGCUCACCGCCCUGCAGACUGGCGUCCAGGACUAUCAGACCUUCAAGGAUCAGCUGGAGACUCUGAGCUGCUGGAUCAGGGAAGCAGAGGAGGACUUGAGGCUGCAGGAUCCCAACGGCUGCACCAGCCUGUCCGUCACGCAGAGCCGCAUGGAGGGGCUUAAGGAGCUCAUGCUGCAGUUCAGCAGCACGGCGCCAGAGCUGGAGCGGCUGAACGAGCUCGGCUACCGGCUCCCGCUCAGCGACGCAGAGAUCAAGAGCCUGCAGAACCUGAACAGAACCUGGACCACCGCCUCCACUCAGACCACCGAGAGGUUCAGCAAACUUCAGGCGUUCCUGCUGCAGCAGCAAACCUUCCUGGAGAAAUGUGAAGCCUGGAUGGACUUCCUGCUCCAAACGGAGGACAAGCUGGCUGUGGAAAUCUCCGGGAACUUUCUGAGUCUAAUGGAGCAGCAAAAAGCCCACGAGCUUUUCCAGGCUGAGAUGUUCAGCCGGCAGCAGAUCCUCCACUCCAUCAUCAGUGACGGACAGCAGAUGCUGGAGCAGGGACAGGUGGAGGACAGGGAGGAGUUUGGCGUGAAGCUGGCGCUGCUCAGCAACCAGUGGCAGGGCGUGGUGCGGCGCGCCCAGCAGAGGCGGGGCAUCAUCGACAGCCUGAUCCGCCAGUGGCAGCGCUACAAGGAACUGCUGGAGAAAUUAAGCAGGUGGCUGCAGGACGUGUGCCCCCCCGCAGAGGCCGAGGGGGGCAGGGUUCCCCUGCAGCAGGCCCGCUGCAGGCUGGAGGCCGUCCAGCUGAAGGAGAAGCUGCUGCAGCGCCAGCGGGGCAGCUUCAUCCUGACGGUGGAGGCCGGCCGCCAGCUGCUGCUGUCAGCCGACGGCCAGGCGGAGGCGGAGCUGCAGGCCCAGCUCACCCAGGUGCAGGAGCGCUGGAGGGAGGCCUGCUCCCGCCUGGAGGACCAGAGGAGGCGGCUGGCCGGCGUGCUGAAGGACUGGCAGAAGUGUGAGGCGGGGAUCGCCACUUCACUGGAAAAACUCCGCUCCUUCAAGAAGCAGCUCUCCCAGCCCCUCCCUGAUCUCCACGAGGAGCUGCAGGCGGAGCAGACGCGCUGCCAGGACCUAGAGAAAACAUCUGGAGGCUGGACUGCAGACCUGGACCACCUGACUCUGCUGAAGGAGGCUCUGACCUGGUCCAUCAGUGCAGAGGACCUCUCAGUCUUGCAGGAGCGCAUUGAGCUCCUGCAUCGACAGUGGGAGGAAACCCGCCUCCAGCUGUCGCUGCGCCGGCAGCAGGUCAGCAAGCGGCUGAACGAGUGGACCGUGUUUGCAGACAAGUACAAGGACAUGUGUGAGUGGCUCACCAACAUGGAGAGCAAGGUGUCCCAGAACGGAGACAUCAGCAUCGAGGAGAUGAUCGACAGGCUCCACAAGGACUACCAGGAGGAGAUCUCGGUAGCAGAGAAGAACAAGCAGCAGCUCCAUGAUCUGGGGGAGCGUCUGGCCAGGGCCAGCCAGCAGAACAAAGCUGCCGAGAUCCAGCAGAAACUCGGCAAAGUCGGCGACCGCUGGCAGCACCUGCUGGACCUGAUUGGAGCCCGAGUGAAGAAGCUGAGGGAGACCCUGGUGGCCGUGCAGCAGCUGGACAGGAACAUGAGCAGCCUGCGGUCCUGGCUGGCCCACAUCGAAAGCGAGCUCUCCAAACCCAUUUCCUACGACUCCUGUGACUUCACGGACAUCCAGAGGAAGCUGGAUCUGCAGCAGGAGCUUCAGCGGGACAUCGAGAAACACAGCACGGGGGUGGCGUCGGUGCUGAACCUGUGCGAGGUGCUGCUGCACGACUGCGACGCCUGUGCCAACGAUGCGGAGUGCGACUCCAUCCAGCAGGCGACUCGCAACCUGGACCGCCGCUGGAGGAGCAUCUGUGCCGCAUCGUUGGAGAGGAGGCUCCGGAUCGAGGAGACCUGGCGUUUGUGGCAAAAGUUUCUGGAUGACUUCACUCGUUUUGAGGAGUGGCUGGCGCCUUAUGAGGAGACUGCUGCUCAGCCCAACUCCUCAGGAGUUCUGUACACAGAAGCGAAGGAGGAGCUCAAGAAGUUUGAGGGGUUCCAGAGACUGGUCCAUGAAGGACUUCCCCAGCUGGAGCUCAUCAACAAGCAAUACCGCCGCCUGGCCAGAGAGAACCGCACCGACUCCUCCUGCCGCCUGCGAGGGAUGGCCAACAGCGCCAACCAGCGGUGGGACGACCUGCAGAGGAGGGGGGCAGUCAUCGUCCGACGGCUGAAGCACUUCAUCAGCCAGAGGGAGGACUUUGAGACGGCGCGUGACGCCAUCCUGGUCUGGCUGACGGAGAUGGACCUGCAGCUCACCAACAUCGAGCACUUCUCCGAGUGCGACAUUCAAGCUAAGACCCGGCAGCUGCGGUCCUUUCAGCAGGAGAUCUCUCUGACCACAGCCAGGAUGGAACACAUCUUCCAGCAGGGCGGGGCGCUGCUCGAGAAGAGCGAGCCGCUGGAUGCUGCUGUGAUUGAGGAGGAGCUGGAGGAGCUCCAGCGUUAUCGUCAGGAGGUGUUUGGUCGUGUGGAGCGCUACUACAAAAAGCUGAUUCACCUCCCGCUUGCAGACGAGGACGCCGACGCCUCCUUCUCGGACCGGGAGCUGGACGAGCCCGGAGAUCUCUCCGGCGUGCCGUGGAACGAGCGUUCGGGGGACGGCUUCCUGUCCCCCCUGGCCUCAUCGGGGCGUUCAGCCUCGCUGGCGGCUCAACUGCGGGCCGAGCACUCUGGCAGAGACACGCCGGCGAGCGUGGACUCCAUCCCACUGGAAUGGGACCACGACUACGACCUGAGCCGCGGCCUGGAGAGCGCCGGCCGGGCGCUGCGGGAGCAGCAGAGCGAGGAGGAGUUCCUGCAGCCGGCGCCGCCGGGGCUGUCGGAUGUUCAGGUUGCAGAGAACCUGGAGGCCUUUGUUAGACUAACUGAGCAAACCCUGCGGUCCUGCACGGGAGAACCCCCCCCCCUGGAGGCAGUGGACCCCACCCCAACAGAGCAGGAUCCCUCCUACAUAGGCUACAUGCGUCUGCUGGGGGAGUGCCGCGGCCGCAUCGAUGCCGCUAAGAGGAUGGGCUCGGAGCUGCAGGAGGAGGGGGAGGUGCUGUCGGGGCUGGUGGACCCCAGCAGCUCAGAGUCGCAGGCUUCAGGAGUGAUCGAGCGCUGGGAGCUCCUUCAGGCUCAGGACCUCAGCAAGGGGAGGAGCAGCCAGCAGCAGCAGCAGCUGACCUCUGACCUCUGCAGCGUGUGCAGCUGGCUGGAGGAGGCCGAAGCAGACCUGCAGCAGCAGAGGGGGCAGGGGGUCACCUCGGACAUGCAGACCAUCCAGCAUCACAUCAGGAAGCUGAAGGAGCUGCAGAAGGCUUACGACAAGCGGAAGCCCAUCGUUCUCUCCAUUAACCUGUGCAGCCCCGACUUCCUGCAGCCGGACCUGCAGGACUCCCAGCAGCUGCAGGUCCGGCUGAAAGACCUGAACAAGCAUUGGGACCAGCUGGGAGUGUCCCUGGAUGAGUGGAGGUCCUCCCUGCAGGAGGCGCUGCUGCAGUGUCAGGACUUCCAUGAGAUGAGUCACGGCCUCCUGCUGUGGUUGGAGAACAUCGACCGCCGGAGGAACCAGGCGCUUCCCAUCGACGCCGACGAGGACGCCGACGGUCUGCAGCAGCGCCACGAUGCCCUGACGCAAAUCCGGCAGGAGCUCCUGGACUCGCAGCUGAAGGUGUCCUCGCUGCAGGACGUGUCCCUGCAGCUGCUGCUGCACUCUCAGGGCAGCGGCUGCUCGGAGGCCAAGGAGAAGGUCCAUGUGAUCGGGAACCGCCUCAAAGUGCUUCUGAAAGAGGUGACCCACGACCUCCGGGAGCUGGCCAAGACCCUGGACAUGUCCAGCAGCCAGCAGGAUUUGUCUUCCUGGUCGUCUGCAGACGAUUUGGACACCUCGAGCUCCCUCAGCCCCGCCUCUGGAAGGAGCACGCCAAGCCGCCAACGAUCGCAGCGGGGCGACAGUAGCGCGCCACAGCCUGGAGCGUGUAUGAGCGGCCCCCCCCUCAGCAGGUUUCGCAGCGCCGCUGGAUCCGGUUCCUCCCCUUCUGAUGACGGACAGCUGCCCCCCCGGGCGUCGCGGCUGCGGCGCGUCCUGUGGGUGGCGCUGCCUCUCCAGCUGCUCCUGCUGCUCCUGCUGCUCCUGGCCUUCCUGCUGCCGCUGUCGGAGGACUACUGCGCCCAGUCCAACACGCUGGCCCACUCCAUGUACCCCAUGCUCAGCUACACCAACGGGCCCCCGCCUGUGUAGGUGGGCACUGAGCACGCUCAGUGAGGACAGACGCAUUCCUGCUACUCCUGACGCUAUCAGUAAUCGAGUAUUUUUGAGUAAUACAAGAACUUUUCAGAAAAUCACAUUUUUCUAUUUGCUCUCUGGCAUGACGUGACCCCCCCCCCCCCCUCCAACCUGUUUGUUUCAUUUCUAUUGAUUCUAAUAUCUGCUUUUAUUUUGAAAAAUGUCCUUAUGGUGGAUGAUGCUGGUAGUUUGUUUUGGAUGAUUGACAGGAACCUAUGAGAUGAUGUAACGUCCAUGUUAAUGACAAAUGAACAACAAAUGCCAAA